GUAUGUUGGCCACACUCCAAUCAUGGAUUGUUGUUUAGAUGAUUGCUCGCGAGACAAGUCAACCUUGUACAAGUUGAGCUUUCUAUUAUUCAAUUGCCGAAUUGGAGGAAGGUUUAGUUGUCUCUUUUGCAGCCAUUUUAUAGAAACAACUAGGAAAUAUAGAAGAUACUCGUUACCUCGUUCUUCAACAGCAGCUGUGCGCAAAGUUGCACUCAUAUGUCAAUCAAGAGAAACCACUUGGAAUUCUCCUUUUCAAGGCCCUGGUCUUAUUUUUUGUCAUUCAGAGGAUAAAUAUGCUUUCGAUUCGAAACAAAUCGGAGGGCCAGUGGUCUUGAAGGAACGCGAAGAACACGAGGAAACAAUAUGGAAAAUGUGGUAUUAUGGUCGUAGCAUUGGAUUUCCUUCAAAAAGCAAUCUGGUUGAUCUACCUACGGGAUGCAUUGGUUACGCUACGUCAAAAGAUGGUAUUCAUUGGAACCGAAUGUCUGGAUUGGAAGAACAAGGUUCUGUUUUGGCACCCAGUCGAAGUAACGAAGAUGAUUUCGACUCAGCUCAUGUCGGUGUUUCAGACGUUGUGUUGCGAAAGAUAGAAAGCGAUCUUGCCAAUUACAAUGUCUAUCAUGUCUAUUAUUUUGGUGGAAACAAUGCAAUAUCCACCGUUCAAAUAGCUUCUUCGAACGACAAAAGAAAAAGAUUGGAUAUUGUCGGCUUAAAAAUGUUGCCAGGUUUAGCUAUAAGCACCGAUGGCUUCCAGUUUACUCGUAUAAGAGGAGAUUGUAAAGAUGGUGCUCUACUUUCGGUUGCUCCACAUAAAGACUUUGAUAGUUUAUAUUGUGGAUGGCCUCGAGUAGUGACUUUGGAUGAAUCCCAUUAUAUGAUGUAUUAUCACGGAUUAGAUCCUACUCGUGGAAUGUUUGUGGUGGGAAUGGCUGUUUCUCCUGAUGGUUUUAGUCGUUGGAGAAAAUUAGGUCCUCUUAGAGGUUUAGGAUGGGAGAAUGACAACUUUUCUCGUCCAGGAGCUUUCGAUGAAAGAGGCUGGGGAACCAGGCACGUGAUAAGGAAUCCUUCUGAUCCUAGUAAAUGGUUGAUGUUCUUUGAAGCAGUCUCCAGAAAGGGCAUUCAUUCUAUAGGUAUCGCAACUUCUCAAGAUGGUUUGACAUGGUCAAGACUCGUAGACUAUCCUAUUCUUAUUCCAGGAGAUGAUCAAGUACAGGAUAGUUGGGAUAGUGGAGCUAUUGGUUGUCCUCAUGCAGUUGUUCAACAAGACAACAGCAUUUGGUUGUAUUAUGUGGGAUUUGAAAGAAAGGAACAUGGAGGGCCGUUUCGUAGAACAGGUUUCGGUUUGGCCUGUAGUGAAGGAACGGAUUAUACUCGAUUUCGAAAGUAUAAAGACAUUCAAUAAAUAUUGUUUCUUCCUAUAAAUAAGAAUUUCGACAU